GCUAGCAGGCAGUUCCAACUGGAAUCAAAACUGAAACUUAAGCCUUCUCAAAGCAACGUUUAAAGGCUGUAUCGGGGCCCAGGAAGUACAGUGGACUCUGUUUAAGAUAAGAUUCUUUUAGCCAAAAUUGUUUCAUUUAGACUUUGCGAGUAACAUUUUCUUAAACAGUGUGAACCAUACUGAGAAUCUGGGUAUAACGUCUUUGUACAUCGGCCAUUUCCUGGUGAUAAUUAACCUGACUAAAUCUGAAUCUUCCUUGCCCCGAUACAGCCAUUUAACUGACUUCCUGAUCAGGAAGCUUGAAUUUUGCUGUGAAACUCUUCCUGUGGUUUUCCAGCUAGUCAGAGCUACUCUCCAAAGCACGCACUCACUCCAUCAGCAGUCCUGCUGUGGAUAAGGGUGGUGCCCUUUUAGAAAUACCUAUUUGACUGAGAUUGCGCCUGGGCUUCCUAAGGUACGUGCAAGGGAUCUGAUCAAUUGGGCUAAUCUGGUUCUACCUGACCAAGGCACACCCCAAGGCUCUUAAUUAAGAGCAUGAGCAGAGGUAGUGGUGGUGAUAGAAGAGCACGAAGAGGUAAAACGAACAGUUCUCACCAGUAUAACCGUUACAACCACCCCCACGAACAGUCCAACUACAUUCAACCAGCACUUAUUCCUGUGGGUCAAGGAACGGCAAUCGAUCAAUUCCGAAGCCAGCAGAUUCGGUUCCUCACCGGGCAGGUUGUGCAGGCACCUGCCUUUGUGCUUCAGCAGCCCUACAGGCACCAGGCGUCGUACCAGCAGAGGCAGCGAGACUUUCACCCAGCCGCUUACAGUUCCCCGCCAAGACCCAAACACUGGAACUACAGUAGAGUCUGCCAGCAGCCAGUUGCUUAUCCCCAUACCCCUGCUGCCCCGACCCAGAAAGGGACCAAGAGCUCGGGGUCAGACAAGGAACUAAAUCAACUGUUUUCCAACUUCUGUAAUAUCUCCCUUAGUGGAGGCGGUCAGCAAGACGUAGUCUGCAUUUUGGGAAAGCUUAAACUAGGGGAGAGCGUACCGGCCCGUAAAAUAGCCAAGCAACUUGGCCUUCCAAAAAAAACAAUCAACCAAUUCCUAUACAGGCUACUAGAGGAGAAACGUGUGAGAAAGGAGGGAACUUCACCCCCGCUGUGGCACCUCACUGAAGCCACUGAGGUCAUUGCAAAGUCUGAAAGCCAGUGUUCAGCUCCCGAGGGCAGAGCCGUAACGCUCUCGGUGAAGGAGGAGAAGCAGGCAUCUGAAGACGAAGACAGCUCUGAGGGCAGUGUGACUGAGCAAUCCAGCAUGGAGGACAGCGAGAGCAACAGGGACAAAAUCUUCCACUUCCUCUUGGAGAAGAGCAAAGCCACAGCCCUGGAGAUUGCCAAGAAUAUCGGGUUGAAGUCAGCCCGGCAGGUCAAUCCCACCCUCCACAUGUUGGAAAAUCAAGGUGAUCUCUACAAGGAGACUGCCUUCCCACCCAUUUGGACACUUUCUGAUCGAAAGAAGGAAGUUCUGCUGAGGAAGAGGAAGGUGCACGAGGUGGGCACGGCCAUAAUUGGAGCUGUGGAUGCCAUUCCCAUAGCAAUUCCACGUGAGAGCGAUGUUACACAAGCAGAAGUCAAAGUCCACGAGGAGAGCAGUAUCGGGAAUGGCCAACCCGUUGCCCCCAAGAAGGAAGAAAACAAUACGCAGCCCAUGUUACCCGCUGAGCCGUUGAUACUUGAUAACAAAGUCAUAGAGGCUAAUAAGGUCAACCACAGCGGGCCGAACUACUACGAUAACACCGGGGGCAACUGCCAGUGGGCAUCCGACGAUAUCCCCGACGACCUGAACAUCAUUAACCGCGUGAGUGUGGCUGGUGAGGUGGUAGGUCUCCCGCAGGGCGUGUUGGCGGGCAAACCCAGCAGCGACCAACACCCGGUGCUUUCGCCGACGGACAGGCUUCGUGCGUGCUUAGCCAAGAAUCCAGUUAGCGGCCUCAUGGAAUACUCACAGGGCUCGGCACUGCAGUGUGAAUUCAUCCUUCUUGCUCAGACAGGCCCGUCCCAUGACCCACGAUUCAGGAUGCAGGCUGCCAUCGGCGGUAGGAGGUUCCCCCCAGCUGAAGCCAAUAGCAAGAAGACCGCAAAGAAAGAUGCAGCAACCAAUGCUCUGAAGGUGCUGCUGAAGGAGAUGCUCGGUGAAGACAUUGAGCUUCCUCCUUCUUCACCACAACAGGAACCUUUGGCGGCAUUGGAGUGCCCAGCUGUUCCAAGUGAAGAGAAGAGUGAACCGUGCACUGUGUCUCAACCCACGCUGCCUGCAGGGAAGAACCCCGUCUGCAUGUUGAUGGAGUACGCACAGAAGUCAGGCAAUGCCUGCGAGUUCCAGCUUGUUUCGCAGAGUGGUCCUCCCCAUGACCCCAGAUUCACCAUCAUGGUUAAAUUGGGGAAUGAGACCUUUCCAGCUGCCACAGCGAACAGCAAGAAGCUGGCCAAGAUGUUUGCAGCAAAGACAGCUGUCCUCCUCCUCCUGGGAAACUCGCCUCAGUUUCCAUCCAGGCCCUCGGACAUGAACAUGGAGAAUUCAGCUGCUCAGAGCCCCGUUCCGUCCCUGGCGUCGAUGGACUUGGACGCUGCCCAGGCGGCAGGCCUGGGCGAGCUCAUCGCCUACCUGAACAAGAACCCCAUCGGCGGCCUUUUGGAGUAUGCCCGCUCGAAGGGGUUCGCAGCAGAGCUCAAGAUGAUCGAUCAGUCGGGGCCACCGCAUGACCCCAGGUUUACGUACCAGGCGAAGGUCGGGGGCCGCUGGUUCCCUCCGGUGAGUUCGAGCAGCAAGAAGCAGGCGAAGCAGGAGGCGGCAGACGCCGCGCUUCGCGUUCUCAUUGGCGAGGGCGAGAAGGCAGCACGGACGGGAGAAUUCACCUCCGAGCUGCCUAUGUCUGGCGGAACGAUACAUGACCAGAUCGCCAUGCUCAGCCACCAGUGCUUCAACAAUCUGACCGCCCGCAUCCAGCACACCCUGCUGGGUCGCAAGAUUCUGGCAGCCAUCAUCAUGAAGAAGGGAGAGGAUGACCUGGGGACCACCGUCAGCCUGGGCACAGGUAACCGAUGUGUUAAAGGGGAAGAGCUGAGUCUUAAAGGAGAGACUGUUAACGACUGUCAUGCUGAGAUCAUCUCGCGGAGGUGCUUCAUAAGAUUUCUGUACAGUGAACUGUUGAAGUAUAACCCUGGGUCUCCAGGUGACAGUCUUUUCAUACCAGCUCAAGACAACAGGUUACAGAUUAAACCAGGAGUAACAUUUCAUCUCUACAUCAGCACUGCCCCAUGCGGAGAUGGCGCCCUGUUUGACAAGUCGUGCAGCGAGCCGCCAACCAAAGAAGGAGAUGACUCGCAUCACCCGCUGUUUGAGAACACGAAGCAGGGCAAGCUGCGUACCAAGGUGGAGAACGGUGAAGGUACCAUCCCAGUGGAGUCAAGUGACAUCGUCCCGACGUGGGACGGGAUUCAGCACGGUGAGCGGCUCCGCACCAUGUCCUGUAGCGACAAGAUCCUUCGCUGGAACGUGCUGGGCCUUCAGGGGGCACUGUUGUCCCACUUCAUCCAUCCCGUCUAUCUCAGUUCCAUUACCCUGGGCUACCUGUACAGCCACGGCCACCUGGCUCGCGCAGUCUGCUGUCGUAUGUCCAGGGACGGGGACGAGUUUCGAGCGGCUCUGCCUUAUCCGUACACGCUGAAUCACCCGCAGAUCGGCCGGGUCAGUGUCUACGACUCAACACGACAGACGGGCAAAACGAAGGAGUCCAGCGUGAACUGGUCCCUGGCGGACGGAACCGAAGUGGAAGUCCUAGAUGGGACCAAGGGGAAAAUCGACGGGCCCCAGCUGGACGUCUCCCGCGUUUCCAAAAGCAACCUGUACAGCCUGUUCCGGCAGCUGUGUGCCAGGACCCAGCGUCGGGACCUGCUGGCAUUGGCUUCCUACUCAGAUGCCAAGGAGGCGGCUGCAGACUUCCAGAACGCCAGGACCCUGUUCUUCAGAGCCCUGGAGCAGAUGAACUACGGGAACUGGAUCCAGAAGCCUUCAGAGGAGAAGAGCUUCAUGCAGAGUGAGACAUAGCUGCCCUCUGGGGGCUGGCUGGGGUAAAUCAGGGAGCAAUUCUGUACAGAGGUUGUAGAGUUUAAACAAACGCGUGCACACACACACAACUUUUAAAAGAGAAAUGCAUAUAAUUCCACAAGUUCCUUUAUAAAUCUGUAAAAUGUUUAUAAUGGAAUAUAGUUUAAAAUCCAAUGAUGUAGACUUGAUUUUAAAGAGAGUCACUUGGGUUAAGAGUUGGGUGGGGUGGGAGGGUCGGGUGGCUCUUUCACACACAGCCCUAAGCUCGGGCUGACGGUUCUGCCUGGCGGAAGGGGUGGAAUUCCUGCUUCAGCACGACAUUGUACUUACUCAGGGCCUGUGUUAACAUGGGGUUAAUUCUGCCCUGCCGCGAGGGGAGAAAGAGGUCUAACUGUAAAUAUUCAGAGCCUUUAUCGUCCGGUUUUGGGCGUUCCGAGGUUUUUAUUUGCCCGUUACUCUGUUGCUGAGAGUUGGAGGUUUGAGAGUUCCCUUCCUGGCAGUCGACUGGUUAAUCUGCCGUCCCCCCACAGACUCUCCCAGUGUGGAGGACGAUCUGUGCAAGUUGAGGAUGCAGUUGGUCAGAGCCAGGGAGAUGCCCGGAUUUGAUCAUUAAAAACCUGCAGAAGUCAGCACGUUCUGCUUUUCAUUCCUGUGCCCGGAUUUUCUCAGGUGACACUGCCACCUCUGAGGUGCCCGAAAAUGCUUCCGACCAACUCUGGAUCCCUCAUCCCUGCCUCCUGUUACGGAGUUGCUCCUGAUUUACAGGACCUCUGCCACUCUCCUGCCCACAGGAGCCCUUCCUCAUGGACAGUGGGUGUAAAUCAAGUCCAGCAUUAGUUUUCCUUAAGCCACUACGAUGUGUCAGUUCAGACCACGCCAUGGGAACUGGUACAGCACUGCCUGGCACAGGGCAGGACUUCGGCCCAGCACUGAUAAUGUAUUUUCAAAGUUUUCCUUUCUUCUGGUUAAUGAACCCUUCACACAUCAGUCUGUCGCUGUAUAACCCUGCCAGUGUUCUGGUGGGGAUGGUCUGUCGCUGUACAACACUGGGGUACAGUACUGGUGGGGACAGGUCUGUCACUGUACAACACUGGGUACAGUACUGGUGGGGAUGGGUCUGUCACUGUAUAACACUGGGGUACGGUACCAGUGGGGACGGGUCUGUCGCCUUAUAACACUUGGAUACAGUACCGGUGGGGACAGGUCGGUCACUGUGUAACACUGGGGUACAGUACCGGUGGGGACGGGUCUGUCGCUGUAUAACACCGGGCUUCGGUACUGGUGGGGACGGGUCUGUCGCUGUAUAACACCGGGCUUCGGUACCGGUGGGGACGGGUCUGUUGCUGUAGAACACUGGGGUACGGUACUGGUGGGGACGGGUCUGUCACUGUAGAACACUGGGGUACAGUACCAGUGGGGACAGGUCUGUCACUGUAGAACACCGGGGUACGGUACCAGUGGGGACAGGUCUGUCACUGUAGAACACCGGCGUACAGUACCGAUCACACUUAUUUCUGUAAGACGGGCACAUUGAUGGUGGUGUUGGGGAGCUGGAGAGGAGAUGUGCAAUGAGUUUGGGGGUUUCUGGCUGUGUUGUGGUUGGCUGCAGGAAUACUCAGACCUGUGUGAGCAUCUGUUCCCAGACUGUACCACAGUGGAUUUGGGGCGGUUGUUGGGGACUGGAGAGUAUCUUGCCAUCUCCUGCUAGUGGUGAUUCACUCGGCAGUUUUGGAAAGUCCGCCUGCAUCUUCCAGAUUGUGCUGGACGUCCUGCAUCAAAAUCGGGAUGGAGCUGCUGUGGGUGUGGUGAUCACAUGUUGUGCAUUCCUCCGAGAUCAUAGGUCUGGGGCUCAGUGGGUCCAUGCUCUGCCAGCACCCAGGGAGCCUGCCUGUAGAAACAGCCACGGAGCCUUCGCAGGGAUCCCUGUUCAUUUUGCUGCUUCUGUCCAGUCGAUUUCUGCCUGGAGCAUUGUUUGGCCUUGCAGUGGGCAGGUCGAGCUCUGCUGGUGCACCAACCUCGUGGCAGCAGUCUCGCAUGUUCUCUCUCGUGUUUCUGUGGCCUGUCCCGGCGCAGUCUGCUCUGACUCCUAUUUUUGGGGAGUGGGACUGGAGUGGCAGAGGGCGUGCGGGAUGCAGUGUGCUCCCCUCCCCCAGUGAGCUGUCACUGACAGAGCCAUGGUGGCCUCCACCUCCGGGUAACGGGAACGGUGGUCUCACUGCGCAAGGUGGCAGAGAGAAGCCCCCAUCACACACUGACGAUUCAGGGAGUGAACAGUUGCAGGUUACAAGGAGGAAAGGCAACAGAGGACAUGGGCAGGAAUUAUUUCACUCUCAUCCAGGAUUACGUUCCUUAAAAUUGUUAUUUAUUUUCUAUUCAGUUGAAAGUACUUGUCAGUGCUGAAGCAUCCUCCCCUACGCCAUUGGUUUGUGCGGGAUGCUGAAUGGGAGGGAGGGAGGGUGGUGUUGGGUGUCAAGCGAGGGGGACGCUGAUGGAACCUCGCCCAGAAUCCUGUGGCUGUGCCACGGCACUGGUAGUUUCUGCUUUGUUUCAGGGUUGAGUGUGGGGCAGCAUUGCUUUAAGCCUGUGGAAUCCUUUGUACACUGGCCGAUCAGUGGAGAGAACAUCUGGUGCUGUGAGGCUUUGAGUGAAAGAGUCCCCAAAUCUUAGUGGCAGUGCAUUGCAUGUCGACCAGCCUGAUCCCAGCAUUUGUUAGUGAACCUUUUUUUGGGGGAGGUGGAAGUGGGUGGGUUGGGGUAUAUGUUACUUUACUCUGUGUGUGUGUGUGUGUGUGUGUGUGUGUGUGUGUGUGUGUGUGUGUGUGUGUGUGUGUGUGUGUGUGUGUGUAUGUGUAUAUGCUCCAUUUUUACAAUAUG